AUGAGUCGAUUUCUUAAUCGUAUUCUUGGAAUUCGUGUUCAUAUGCAAAAUUUAUUAUUUCGAUUUUUUUCUGAUGUACUUAAUGCUGUGGUUGUUGAUGCACGAAGAAAUGGUUCAUGGGAUUUAGGAAUUCUUGAUCUUGGUACAGGCGAAGAAACAGUUUCUGUUGAAAAAACUCAAGUAUUUGUUUUACAAACAGUACAAACUAAUACGACACCUCUUCAAGUUGAAUUGCAUCAAAUUGUUGUUCAACGUGGUCUUGCAUUUAGUAAAGCUGUUCAAUUAGAAGAACAAUCUAUGAAUCUAGAUGAUGGCUUUUAUAUGUCAAAUGAAAAUCGUCCUUAUUGUCGUUUACCAAUACUGGCUUUAUCAACAACGGCAAAUGUUAAUCUUGGAAGUAUAAGAAAAAGUGAACAAUUAUUUCGUAUAUAUCGUCCUAAUACUGGUUUACAACAACGAUAUGAAACAUUAGAAAGUCUUAGAAAAAAAUAUGAAAAAGUUCUUUCAACGCAAGUACAAGCUUAUUGGGAUGAAUUGUAUAAUAAAACUGCAACAUCAUGUAUUCAUGUUAUACGACAAGGUCAUUGCCCAAUUUCAUCGUCAAAUCCUCAACAAACAUGUGAAGUUGGUCUACGAUCACGUCGUUUUUUUGUUCUUUCAGGUAGUGUUCUUGCAUUAUGGUCACCAAUGGAACGAAUAUUACCCGAAGGAAAAAUUCAAAUGAUACGAAUAAAAACAACACCACCUAAUAAUAACCAAUCGAUUCCAUUGAAAAUCGUCGGAUGUAUUAUACCAAAACGAUGUUUACAAGAUUUGGUGCAUUUGCUCGAAGAGUCAUCAAAACACAAAUAUUUUAAAUCAGCCUAG